GGAAGUACUGACAAAUCGUCUAGAAGGAAAUUAAAAAAAAUGGCAUUUUCAUUUUUAAUAGGAUCUUCUUGUUUCUAGCAGGAACACAAUUUUUUUAUUUUUUUUUCUAAAAGAUUGCACGAAUCAAGAGAAGUUUCUUGAGAAGACAAAGGAGAGAAGAACUGAACAAGUCUUGAAAUUUAUGAGAGAGAGAUUGAGAGAGGAUGGAAUUGGAGGAGAAUAGUAUAGAAAUAGACAAGAAAGAGGAAAUGAAAUUGAGACAACCACUUCUUGUGAAGAACAGGAGAAACCACACCUCUCAGCAUGCCAUUGUUGGUGUCAAUCUCUGCCCCAUUGAAAGCCUGGACUAUGAAAUUAUCGAGAAUGAUCUUUUUAAGCAGGACUGGAGGUCUAGAACGAGGGUUGAGAUCCUUCAGUAUGUUUCCCUCAAAUGGACACUUGUGCUCCUUAUUGGGCUAAGCACUGGGUUAGUUGGGUUUUUCAAUAACCUAGCUGUUGAGAACAUAGCUGGUUUCAAACUUUUUCUUACCAACAACCUCAUGCUUCAAGAAAAAGAGUUUCUUCCACUAAAGUUGUGUAAGUACUAUAGGUAUGCUAAAGAUGGUUGCAUUUUUGGUUCUGUAUUUGGAGUAGCUGCUGGGUUUGUAGUGGGUAAGGAAGGACCUAUGGUACACACUGGCGCUUGCAUAGCCUCUUUGUUUGGACAGGGUGGCUCUCGCAAGUAUCAUUUGACCUGGAAAUGUCUCAGGUACUUCAAAAAUGACCGGGACCGACGGGAUCUGAUUACCUGUGGUGCUGCGGCUGGUGUUGCAGCUGCCUUCCGUGCUCCAGUUGGCGGUGUCCUUUUUGCACUAGAAGAAGCAGCUUCAUGGUGGAGGAGUGCUCUUCUUUGGAGGACAUUUUUCACAACAGCUGUUGUAGCAGUAUUGCUAAGAGGUUUCAUAGAAUUUUGCAAGGGUGGUAAAUGUGGACUAUUUGGCGAAGGAGGCCUUAUCAUGUUUGAUGUCAGUUCAGCAAAGGUGGCUUAUAGCAGCACUGAUCUACUGGCAGUCAUAUCCGUUGGAGCCAUUGGAGGCAUUUUGGGAAGCCUUUACAAUUUCCUUGUGGACAAAGUCCUUCGAACGUAUAGCAUCAUAAAUAAGAGAGGUCCUUCAUGUAAAAUUUUGCUCGUCGUUACCAUUUCCCUUUUGACUUCUUGUUGCUCUUACGGCCUCCCAUGGCUUUCACCGUGCAUUCCUUGUCCCCAUCACCUGGAGGACCACUGCCCCACCAUAGGUCGCUCCGGAAACUACAAGAAUUUCCAGUGUCCACCUAAGCACUACAAUGGCCUCGCCUCACUCUUUUUCAGUACCAAUGAUGAUGCUAUCCGCAACCUUUUAAGCUCUAGCUCUGAUGGGGAGUUCCACCUCUCCACUCUGUUUGGUUUCUUUGUUGCGGUGUACUGCCUGGGCAUUGUCACUUAUGGUAUUGCUGUUCCCUCUGGUCUCUUCAUCCCUGUUAUACUUGCUGGGUCCUCCUAUGGGCGCCUUGUCGGGACUCUCCUUGGUUCUCACUGUGAACUUGAUGCGGGUCUCUUUUCCCUCCUUGGAGCUGCCUCCUUCCUUGGUGGCACCAUGAGAACGACUGUUUCCCUCUGUGUCAUACUUCUUGAGCUUACUAACAAUCUUCUGAUGCUUCCACUAAUGAUGUUAGUUCUCCUAAUUUCGAAAAGUGUGGCUGAUUGUUUCAACAAGGGUGUCUAUGACCAAAUUGUGAAGAUGAAGGGAUUGCCUUAUAUGGAGGCGCAUUCAGAACCAUACAUGAAACACCUGGUUGCAAGUGAUGUUCUUUCCGGUCCCUUGGUUUCAUUUUCUGGGGUGGAAAAAGUGGGGAAUAUACUGCAUGCACUCAAAACAAGAGCGCAUAAUGGGUUCCCUGUGAUUGAUGAGCCACCUUUCUCAAAUGAUGCAGAGCUGUGUGGGCUGGUUUUGAGAUCUCAUUUACUUGUGUUGCUUAAAGAAAAGAAAUUUACAAAACACAGGGUGUUGAUAGGAUCAGCAGAUAUUAUGAAUAGACUCAAAGCACAUGAUUUUGGAAAGGCGGGAUUAGGCAAGGGGGUUAGGCUGGAGGAUUUGGACAUCGAGGAGGAAGAGAUGGAGAUGUAUAUGGAUCUCCAUCCCAUUACUAAUACCUCCCCAUACACUGUAGUUGAAACAAUGUCCCUAGCUAAAGCUGCAAUUUUCUUUCGGGAGCUUGGCCUAAGGCACUUGCUGGUGGUGCCCAAGACACCAGGGAAGCCUCCGGUUGUUGGAAUCUUGACAAGGCACGACUUCAUGGCAGAGCACAUAUUGGGACUCUACUCGUACUUCAAUCCUCACGAGUAAAAAACGCGAUCAAAGUAAUUCUUUAGUAGUUAUAAAUACUCCUUCAAACCAAGUUCAAUUGAGACUAGAGGCAUCUUGAAGUUUCAAAACUGUGAGUGGUCCUUGAGAGUUCUGAGCACUUCAGUCAUCAUCUUCUGGGCGGCUCAGUGGUUUCGAGACUUGUGUUAUCCUUCCUCAAGGUUCACUCUGGAGCCUGCUGUGUUCUCUCAUUUGGGUUCUUCCGCAACCUUACUAAAUUGUCAAACUCAACAAGUAACCCUGUCCAGAUCCGUGCAGUACAUAUUUAUUUGAUGUAUGUCUUUUGAAGGAGCAUGUAAUCCUUGAUUUAUGUAGAGCAUACAGUCACCUGAAAUUUUCUUAUAAUUAUAUAAAUCAACUUUAGUGUCA